AUGGAGAUCACUCACGAGUACGUGAAGCUCCGGAAGGACUUCGGGAAGCACCCCAACUUCAAGGAGUUCCACGCGGAGCUGAUUUACGACCUCCGCCCAGACGAGGAGCGCAAGGCGAAGAUGAUCAAGCGCCAGCCGUGCACCACGACCGUCCAGGUCAUCCCGCAGUUCUCGGAACGCACCGUCAACACCGCGCAAACCACUUAUAGGACGGUGGGCAUGGCGCACAUGCAGGGCGGGUGGCCGCGCGACGUGGACGUGAACGAGCCGAGCCAGGUGUCGCGGUACAUCAAGCGCGUGGAGCGCGACGAGGACUACAUCGCGUCCGUUUCGAGGCUCAGUUCCGGCGCGAUCGCCACGAUACGGCAGAACAACGCGCUGGACAUCUACGAGCAGUUCUUCACGGACGUGCAGGAGGACCACUCCUCGGAGGUCCCCGAGGCGCGCACGCUGACGGUCCUCUCCGACCCCAACAAGAUCAAGCGCUCGGCCACGUACCUGUCCUUCCACCCCGGCGGGCGCAAGGUCGCGUGCGCGUACUCCCUGAUGAAGUUCCAGUCCCAGCCGCACAACAUGGAGCUCAAGAGCUACAUGUGGGACAUGGCCAACCCCACGGCGCCCGAGCUCGAGCUGGUCCCGGCGAGCCAGCUGUGUUGCAUCAACUUCAACCCCAAGGACGAGCACCUCCUCGGCGCGGGGCAGUACAACGGGCAGUUCGCGCUGUUCGACCGCCGCAAGGGCAAGACGCCCGUGGAGACCUCGCUCAUCGAGUCGUCGCACAAGGACCCGGUGUACGACAACGCGUGGCUGCAGAGCAAGACUGGGUCGGAGAUCAUGACGGCCUCCACGGACGGCCAGGUGCUCUUCUGGGACAUCCGGCGCAUGUCCGAGCCCCUCGAGGACCUCACGAUCACCGAGAAGAACUCGGACCUCGUCCUGGGCGCCGUGAGCAUGGAGUACGACGCCGCGGCCGGCGCCACGAAGUUCAUGGUCGGGACGGAGCAGGGCGUCGUCGUGAGCUGCAACCGCAAGGCGAAGACGCCCGCGGACCGCAUCGGCGCGAGCUACGCGGGCCACAAGGGCCCCGUGUACGCCCUGAAGCGCAACCCCUUCUUCAGCAAGUACUUCAUGACUGUGGCCGACUGGACGGCGAUGAUGUGGAACGAGGACAUCCGGCAGCCCAUCAUCACCACGCCCUACCACUCCAGCAACCUCACCGGCGGGACCUGGUCGCCCACGCGCCCCGGCGUGUUCUUCCUCACGCGCAUGUCAGGGCACUUGGACUGCUGGGACCUGUACCACAAGGCGUCGGCGCCGAUCCUGUCGAUCGAGGUCGACAAGACCCCCCUGGUCUCGCUGUCGAUUCAGCCGCAGGGCAAGGUGCUGGGCGUGGGCACCGAGGACGGCUCGAUCCACGUGCUGGAGCUGUCCGACUCGCUGGUGCACAUGCAGCAGGGCGAGAAGGCGUCGAUCGGGCAGACGUUCGAGCGCGAGACGCGGCGCGAGAAGAACCUCGAGGCGCGCGCGAAGGAGCUCAAGGUGCGGGCGCGGAAGGCGGCGCAGAAGGAGGAGGAGGGGGAGCUGGGGAAGAUCCCCGAGGAGGAGCUGCUGCGGAUCGAGAAGGAGUUCUUUGAGACGGUCAAGGAGCAGGAGGCGAAGGCGUGA